UGACGUCCACCCCCAAUUAUAAUAAUAAGAAGAAACCCAGUACUCAAAGAGAGAGCGACUGUGUGUCUGUGUAAAAAUAUGGGGAGGAGGCCUUGCUGUGCCAAAGAAGGGCUUAACAAAGGAGCAUGGACUGCAAAUGAAGACCAAAUCCUCAAAAACUACAUCACCAUCCAUGGUGAAGGCAAAUGGAGAGACCUUCCUCAAAAAGCUGGGUUGAAGAGAUGUGGGAAGAGUUGCCGGCUCCGGUGGCUGAAUUAUUUGAGGCCGGACAUUAAGAGAGGGAACAUCUCUAUUGAAGAAGAAGAGCUCAUUAUUAGACUACACAAGCUCCUUGGUAACAGGUGGUCUCUGAUUGCUGGAAGAUUACCGGGGCGAACAGACAAUGAAAUAAAGAACUAUUGGAACACAAAUUUGAGCAAAAGGAUGGAAGGCCAAAAAAGGAAUAUUUCUCCAAAUACCCCCCAAGUUUCUUCUCACAAUGUGAUUUGGACCAAAGCAGUGAAGUGCACCAAGGCCGUCAAUGUUGAUACUUUAGACCCCAAAUCCGAAACUCUAGUCAACAGUCCUAGUGAGACCCCUUCUUCUUCAGCCAUCAAUGAGGAUAAUGCUAACAACAAUUCCAUGGAUUUCUUAGUCGAUUUCGAUAUCGAUGAACUUCUCGCAUUCGAAUACAACCCGAUCCCGGAGUUGUAUCGAACUCAAAACCGCGGUGACAAAAUGGGCAAUAAUGUGGCGGACAACGGGGAGUACAGUCAUGGUACCGAGUUUUGUCAGGCAUGUGAACACUUGGAUCUUCGAGGUCUAGAAUCUUAUUUGAAUCUUGAAGAUGAAUGGAUCAACUAAUUAGUAAUCCAAAGUUCGUAAUUUGUUGUGAUAAGAUUUGACUGUUAGGUUUGUUAGUGUUUGAAUCAUAUUGUAUCCUAUAAAUAUCCAUGAGAAAUAGCAAUAAAAUAUGGGUCCAUUUUUGUAA